AUGGAUCAACAAAUGUGAUUGUGGAAGACCAUUAGAAAUACAUGGCGAAGAUGCAGAUGGUUUCCAUCUUAUAACUUGUAAAACUGGUGGUGGGCCAGUACGGACUCACGACUCGAUGAUGUCAGUAUGGUCAGAAUGUUUGAGUUCACUUCACUUACCACACAAAUGUGAACCUAGAGACAAAUAUGUGAAAUUCCAACAACUGUCCAGAUAUUCUUGUGGCUGAUUCUGAAACUGAAACAUAGAACUUGAUGUGGCACUAGCUCAUCCGUGGGCUGCAGAUAUUUUGUCUCGUGCAUCUACAACUGCAGGGAGUGUGGCUGUGAGAAGGGAAGAACUUAAAUUAAGUAAAUAUAAAAAAGGAAAACUGCCUGGUGGAUAUUCUCCAUCAGUAGUGCCUAUCGUUUAGAGCACUUUGAGCGUCGGGGAGAAAGAGCCACUAACUACUAAUGCAAUUGCAAGUAUGUGGAGAGAUGAGAACGGACGAACAAAUGUUGCUGAGUUUAAGACACAAUGGAGGAGACGAUUUUCAAUUCAACUGCAACGUUGCAAUGCAAGUGUGCUGACAAGAAAACUCAUGAUGGUCGGUUCUGGACCUAAGACCCUUAGUAGAAACACUGACUUUGCACAAUUUGUAGUUAAGUAGCUUAUUUUAAGUUUUAUCCCCCCAUAUGGGGCUAAUGUAUUAUGUAGUAAUUAUUAUGUAGUGGACUUUAGGUUUGCUUUUAGAGUUUGAUGGAAAUUUUAUUGUAAUGGAAAUGUAUGUAUUGACAGACAGACAGACAGACAAAACUCAAAGUUCAGGACAUGAUUGAAAGAUCUGCGACCAAGGAUGCAGCUCGUUUGAGAUCUCUUCAAGGGAGGGGAUCAGGAGCCUGGCUAGAUGUCAUUCCCAGCUCAAGAAAGCUUGCAAUUUCCCCUGGAUUGUUCCGCCUGGCAGCUUUAUUGAGGUUGGGUAUGCGUUUGCCAUUGCCUCUGUCAGCAACCUUAUGUGAUUGCGGCACAGCCUUAGAUCCUGAAGGAUAUCAUCUGAUUACUUGUAAGACAGGUGGGGGACCAGUUUGGUCUCAUAAUUCAAUAGUCUCUGCUUGGUCCGAGUGUUUGAAACGCGUGUCUCUUCCCCAUACCGUUGAGCCAAGAGACUGUUACAGCAGCUCUCAGUCCAGACCCGAUAUUGCUGUUUAUAAUGCAACCGACUUUAACGUUGAGCUCGACAUUUCCUUAGCCCACCCAUGGAGCACCGACAUAAUUUCAGUCGCAGCUACAACUGAUGGAUCUGCUGCUUCAAAAAGGGAGGGAAAGAAGAGAGAGAAGUACAGCAGAGAGACUCACACUAGUGGGGGUUCUCCAUGCCUAAUUCCACUGGUGUUUGAGCAUUAUGGCCGCUGGGGAAAUGCAGGAGAAAAGUUUCUCCAUCAAAUCUCUCUGCGAUCACGAGAUGAUGACGGCAAGCGGUGUAACAGUAUGGUUUUGGCGAAGAAGAUUGACAGAAUAGUGUGUAGAAAUGACUCCGUAGCUGGUUUUUACAGUUACCAGAGUGUACGUUAAGCUUUCAUUUCAUGACCCUAAGGGUCUUUUUUCUUGGACUCAUAGAUAGUGAUUUAGCGUUGACUGUAAUAGCGUUGAUGUUUACCAAUAGAUGUUUUUGACAGACAGACAGACAGACAGACAGAUUUGUUUUAUUGUCAUCAAACGUCACUACUUACAUCACUUGCUGCAGUACUAAAAGUUCUACUCUCCUACUGUUCUUCGUUUUAAUUA